GUUUUGCACCAAAGAUGGCCGACCGAUUUCCCCCCUGAGUAGUGCCUUAGCCAAAAUAAGUUCUUAUCAACAAAUUUUUAUUUGUAAUAAACUUUUACAGAAAAAUUCAUCAAAUAUUUAUUAAAAUUUAUAUUUUUCACUCGAAAAUGAUUCGAUGAGACCAUUUUGUUGAUCUCUCAAAGUUUUCAGCAUUCCAAAAAACAUGGAGGAAGCAUUCGAUUCGAGGUUAAACCAGCUCGUAGAAAACGAUAAAAAUGUGACAGGUUUAUUGGUGACCGAUAAGCAAGGAUUAUGUAUUAAAACUGUUGGAAACGCGAAAGAAGAAUCCAGCGGAGUUAUCUCAGCCAUCAACGAUCUGGCAGCCAAAUUAGAACCUAAUAGAGGCCCUUCUACGGUGAUUAUGGAAUCAGAUACCAAAUGUUGUGUGAUUUAUUCCGGGAAAAAUAUGAACGCGGCGGUUUUCAAGAAUGUAUCUCGUUAAUCUUUAUUAUUAUUUUUAUCAACGUCCUUGUAAUAUAAUGUAUUUUAUCAAAUCUUAAUAUAAUAUCUAUCAGUUUUUUAGUUCA